AAUAUGGUAACAAAACAAGAAUUACAUCAAGCAAGAAAAAAUUUAUUAGAUGCGGGGGCUUCCCUUGUUUUUCAAGGCAAGGGAGUGCUACAUGUUGAUUAUCUUGGUAGCAAAAGCCCAUAUGACAGCACAGACACCGAACUAGCACUAUUAAAAGAAAUAUUGACCAGCAAAGAUUAUUCUGACCUAAACAAAAGAUUAAAAGAGGGAAAGGAUAAAAUAUUACAAGACCCCUUUUUUACUUCUUUAAAAACUAGAACUACCGAGGAACAGAAACAUUUUUUUAAAAGAAUUGAAUAUUGGUAUAAUGAAAAAAGUGGUUUGGGUGAUGUCUAUGGUUUGCCUCAUUGUAUAGAAAGUGUUAAAAGAACAACCGAGAACACCAAAAGUAACGGAGAAUUAGCUGUUAAUAUUUUUCAACUAAAAAAUGAUUUCUUAAAAAUGAACGAGUUUGAUAAAUCGUUUGGAGAUAAAAUAGAUAAAGAUAGUUUAAAGAAAAUUAAGGAUAGGUUGGAUAGUCUAACUGAUGAUAAAACCAAACUUGACAAUCAAUUAACGACUGCCAAUGACACAAUAAUUUCUUUAAAUGAUACCAUAACUACUUUAACUACUCAAUUGGGAGAAAGAAACGACACCAUUGAUAAUCGUGAUA